AUGGGCUCGCACCUGCCGCCGCCGCGCCCCGAGCCCCAGCUGGUGCUGCAGCUGGCGGCGGGGGCUCUACAGGCGCAGAACUUGGAGGCGCCGGGCGGCGGCCUGGGGCCCGAGUGGCAGGUGCUGCUCGGGCGGGCGGACGCGCUGGCCUUCGGCGGGCGGCUGCACGAGGCGCUGCCGCUUUACCAGCUGGCGUCCCGCCACCAGCAGCUGCGCGCCGAGCAGCUGGAGAAGCUGGUGGAGUGCCUGGCGCAGAGCGUCCGGAUCAAAGAGGGGCUGCCCGCCGCCGGACACCCCGCGGCACCCCGCGAGUGGGACGUUUUCAGGUGCCGCAAGUGCCAGGGCUUCCUCUUCGAGCCCGUUUCCUUGCCUUGCGGACACACGUUCUGCAAAAAGUGCCUGGAGAGGGACCGGGCGCCCCAGUCCCGCUGCGUCCUGUGCAAGGAGGCGGGCGGCGCGGCGGCCGGGCAGCUCCUGCGGGUCAAUGUCAUCCUCAGCAACCUGCUGGCCAAGUGGUUCCCCUGCCAAGUGAAGGCUUCGCAGCUCCGGCACGAAGGGAACCUCCUCUACAAGGAGAAGAAGCUCCAAGCCGCCCUGCAGAAGUACAACGAAGCGGUCAGCCUAGCUCCAAAUGACCACUUACUAUAUAGCAACCGGUCCCAGAUUAACUCCACUUUGAAAGCUUGUGAAGAUGCAUUGCACGAUGCAGAAACAGCGUGCAGGCUCCAGCCAUACUGGUUGAAAGGUCACCUGAGGAAAGGACAGGCAUUAGCUAAUCUGGGGAAAACAGAAGAAGCUUUAAGAGAGUUUCUAUUCUGCCUUGCUCUAGAUACUGGGAACAAGACAGCCAAGUCUGAGGCACAAAAGCUUCUACUUAGUUUGUUUUCACUCAUCCCGGGAAAUGCUCAGGAACACUUACCCGAUAUCCUGCAGCUGUUGUCACAUCACUCUAGAUUAAAGGGGAAUCUCCUAAAUUCAGUGGGAUCUGGAGGCACCAGCCAUAACCUACAAAGGUUGCUCAAGGUAAAUGUGGAACAGAAAAAGGGUUUUUCCAUUCAAGAGGAACCAAAUGUAACUACUUCUGGUAGUUUGAGGAAAUCGAUACAAACCACAGAGAGCAAAAAGGACUGCUCGGAGGAGGAGAACAAAUUCACCUCCAUGCCAGAGUCUGCUUUACUCAUUUCUGAGAAAUGCAGCCUCCUGAAAAGGAAGUGCUGCUCGGAGGAGUUGCGAAACGCUGAGGUACCCUGCAAACUGAUGAAGAAAGAUACAGUUGAUACUAAGGAAAAUAGUACUGGACAACAUAUUCCAUUUGAAGUUGUGGAUCCAUCAGAUUUGGACUGCUCCCUGUGUAUGAGGCUCUUCUAUGAACCUGUCACUACACCUUGUGGACACACCUUCUGUCUCAAAUGUCUGGAGAGAUGUCUGGAUCACAACCCAAAAUGUCCCCUGUGCAAGGAAGGGCUCUCAGAGUGCUUGGCUAUGAGGAAAUAUUGUAAAACAGUGCUAAUGGAGGAGUUAAUAGCCAGAUAUCUUCCAGAGGAACUCACUGAAAGAAGAAAGAUUUAUGAAGAGGAAAUAGCAGAGCUUUCCAACCUAAAUAAGAAUGUUCCCAUAUUUGUCUGCACAAUGGCUUAUCCUACAGUCCCAUGUCCUUUGCACAUCUUUGAACCAUGUUAUCGCCUGAUGAUUCGGAGGUGCAUGGAGACUGGCACCAAACAAUUUGGGAUGUGCAUCAGCGACCCUGUAAAGGGGUUUGCAGAUUAUGGCUGCAUUCUGGAGAUAAGAAAUGUUGAAUUCUUUGCUGAUGGUCGCUCUGUUGUAGACAGCAUUGGCAAGAGGAGAUUUAAGGUGAUCCAGCACAGCCAGCGUGAUGGAUAUAACACAGCAGAUAUUGAGUACAUUGAGGAUCAAAAGGUGCAAGGACAAGAAUAUGCUGCAUUACUUGUUCUCCAUGAUUCUGUCUAUGAUCAGGCAUAUAUGUGGUUUAACUCCCUCAAGCAAGCACUCAAAAGUCGAAUUCUCAGUCAUUUUGGUCCAAUGCCAGCUAAGGAUCCUGACCCACAGGCUAACCCUAAUGGGCCAGCCUGGUGCUGGUGGGUCCUGGCUGUCCUUCCACUUGAGAACAGAGCUCAGCUCCCGUUCCUUGCCAUGAAAUCCCUCAAAGACCGCUUGAAUGGCAUCAGACGUGUCCUUACGUUCAUGUCUCGUACAAGAUCACGGUGAUGAACGGAGGAUAACUUGAAGUUGAAUUUGUAUCUGAACUCUUUCUUGCAAAAAUGGACAAUGGCUACAAAGUGCGAAGAAAGAGCCACAAUAUAUGAAAAGUGGCUUAUCCUAGAGAAAACUGGAAGUACUGGUGUCAUUUCAUUGUAGGUUAAUACACAGACUUUUUUUUUUUUAAUCAACUCUUGUUGCUGUUAAGAUGAGUUUUAUUUCUUUUAAUUGUUUGGUGGGGUUUGGCUUUGGAGUGUGUGUAUGGGACGGGGAGGGGGGAGUUAUUUUGACCUGUAGGACUCAGAGGGCAGUUUGUGUCACAUAAGAAGGAAUAUGUUGUAAUAAAUGCUAUUUAUUUCACCCCAAUCUUCAGGUUUCUGUUAGCUUCAAAUCUCUACCCAGCCGUUGCAUUUCUCUUAAGAGACUGGGUAGUGUUGCUAAUAAUAGUUAACUCCCAAGGAAAACAAGUGAAUUUUAGCAUGAUUACUGCUAGCUAUAAAGCAGGUAAAAAUAGGGCAGAAAUGAGAACAGGAAGUAUCUUGGUUUUGAUUUUUUUUUUUUUUAAAUCAACGGUUCCUAUACUUGUUUUGCUGCUUUUAUUGCUUACAGUGUACCACUUUCUGGGACUGCUUGUACCUCCAUCUGACUUGGGCUUUCACUGAUUUCAAUGCGAGCAAAACUGGGCCUUUUAUUCUAAGCUACUGUUUUCCUUUUCAGUGGCAAAAGCUAGAAUGAAGUGAGAAUGUUAUGGAAUGCUACACAUUUCUUUGGGGUUUUUUUUACCCAGGAUAGUACUCUGCCAUUUCAUACAUUCUUUAUGAAAAAAUGCAGUAGAAUUUAAUGUCAUUUUUCUGGGUGUUUUUCCAUCUCAUCAGAAAUAUUUAUUAGUUAAAAGUAGUUUCCAUACUGUUACGUUUUCAUAAAACUACCUUCGUUCCCCUUUUUGUUAAAUUCCAUAGAACAUUUCCAUAAGGGUACCAAAGCAACGAAUGGAAGACAAACAUGUUUGACCUUUGUGAUAAACAUGGAAUGUGUAUCCUGUUUGCAUUGAGCUACUCUAGAAAUACUACAGCUUCCUUCCUCACUGCUAGAUUCCUGCAUUUCUUCCAUAAGGGUACUUGACAUGCUGUAAACAAUCUAUAAAAAUACCUUCAUGUUCUGAACAGUAUCAAGUAUACAGUGGCUGACACCUGCUAUGGCAUUUGUCUUCAUAAAUCAAUAAUGAAGUGAUUUCCACUUGUUUGGAAGUGAAGCUGCAUUCAAUGCAAUUCUUCCACAAACCAUUAUGUAUUAUUGCAUAACGUAAGGGCCUCAUAGUGCUCCCAUAGGAAAAAAAGCUGUCACUUUGUUACUCUUAUCUGUGAGAAAAGGACCUUAAAUAUUUAAUUUAAACUGUUUUCUCACUGAUGUCAUUAUUGUUUUUCCCUGCAUGCUAUGUAUUCUACAUACUCAUUCUGCCAAUUUUGUUGUUUUAGAAACUGUCAUGGAAAGAAUCCUUGAUUUUAAAAGUGAAUAUUAUCUUUUCUGUUAGCCUUGACUGAAGCUGCCAGAAUUUCCUAAGCAGAGACUCUCGUACAUGCCCUGCAUCAUGAACACCCAGUGCAUUUGCUGCCACCUGGAAACACUGGACCUACUGCAUGUAAUGCAAACAGGUGAUCUGCACGUGCACAACAAAUCAAACACAUCAAAAAGUUCAUCUCUACACGUACAGUAGCAUUCUGUACAGAGCAUAGCAUGCUCUAUGGCCACACAUCCUAGAUUAAUGGCUGUAGUCUACAAAUUCCAUCAGAAGAAAAAAACAAUAUCGAGAAAGAAAUUUGUUAGAGAACACAAACCUGUCCAGAAAAAGCUGGACAAGGGACAGCCCUAGCCUGCAAUAAGUUGAGAUGGUAAAGUUUCAGUAAUGACAUUUAAAAACCAAAAAAUCUUCUAGUUAUGCCACAUCAUUGCUGACUAUUUUUCAGUUGUGUUAAUGAGUACAAGGAUGUAAAUGCAACAUUUAUCACAGGCAUGAAUAAACAGCUGAGCAGAUCUAAAAAUACCUUCGCUUCAAUUAUAGAAACAGCAUUGAUCAGAUAAAGUAUUAAUUGGGGGAGUAUUUUAUUUAAGCUCUUUGCAUUUUUUCUAGACACCAAACCCAGUUCCAUAACCAGUCUUGCUCAUCUGUUAAAAACAAAAAAAAAAUCAUGACUCAAACUUGUAUUUCCUGUGUGAUCAGAAGUAUUGAUUAAUUGUUCUUGUGGGGGCAUAAGUAAUGCAUAGGCUGCUUAGAAAGUAGUUCAGUAGUUUUAAUAAUGAAAUGAUAAAAUGGUGUGAUAGGCCAUUAUGCUAAGUCUUAAGUGAUGUUCUGGUGUUAGAUGUGAAAGUUUCUCUUAUUUUUUUUUCUUUAAGUGCUGAUAUCUUCCAUUACCUUAUAGCAAUAAGAGAUACUGAAUGGCUGAUCUAUUGCUCAGCCUGUCCUUCUGUCCUGUAUGACUGCUUACUGACAGAACACCUCAACCAUGGAUUUCUUAAUCCAAAGAUUGUUUUAGUCUAAAAAAAAAAAAAUGUGGAUUUGGUCUGUCUUAAUCUGUGCUGUAGAGAAAGAGCUUCAUAGAAUUGAGUUCUGUUUUAGAUGGUCUUUUCACAGAAUUGUAGAAUCCCAGGUUGGAAGGGACCUCAAGGAUCAGCUGAUCCAAAUUUUCUUGGCAAAAGCAUAGUCUAGACAAGAUGGCCCAGCACCCUGUCCAGCCAAAUCUUACAAGUGUCCAGUGUUGGGGAAUCCAACACUUCCCUGGGGAGAUUAUUCCAAUGACUGAUUGUUCUCAUUGUGAAAAAUUUUCCUUUUAAUGAUUUCUACUUGGUGCUGAACUUCUACUGAUGUUUAAAUCAAUGACAGACAGGAGUUGUAUUUAAAUGCAAUGCUUAGGAAUGGAGAACAUGUUCACAAACUCUUAUUUAAAAAACAAAGUGUAAAUUAACUACAGGGUUUUUGUGCAUAAAAACCCCAUGGACCUAUAUGCACUUAGGGUAGUGCUUCCCAUUUCCUCCAAGUCCUACAUCAGAUGAACUCAAUCCCUCUUUUCCACCCCUGCUUGGUUCUCAUUUAAUUUGUUGGCUUCACAACAGAAAUUGUAACUAGUGCAGCACAUAGUUUAGGAUCUGGGGUUUAUUCCAAAGCUCAGUAAAUCACUGAAAGUCUUACAGCUACAGAAAAAUGGUAGUUUGAGCAAAGUCACUCUCUUGAAACACUUUGCUAAAUAAAUAUUGUCUGAAAGAAGAAAGAAACUAAUCUGCUUAGACAGGAUUAAAAUGGUGGAUAAUAAAAACCUGAACUAUUACAUUGACUUACUCAUCCAGGUAUCAUGUGAAGUGCUUACUAAUGUUGGAGUUUCAUAAGGUCUAAAGUAACCCUCACAUAGAAGUGCCUGUAUUCUGUUAUUGCCAUUCUUGAGCUUUUUAAUAGUCAUAGCCAUAUAUUUUAUAAAUAUGAAACAUAUGCACCUUUUAAUCUUUACAUUCAAUUUGCAGAACAAAGGUUUACAGAGCAGAAGUGUAGCAAAAACAAUGUAAUAGUUUCUAUAAUUCCCUGAUGAGGAACGGGAGAAGUACAAAAAUGUGGAGCAAAAGACUAUCUGUGUAAGAUGUCUUAAUUUGGAACCAUAUACUUGUCCAAUUUAAUUCCAUCAAGCUAUGUGGUUACAAGAGUGCCAGAAAUAUAUCUAUCAAGCCAUUUUAAAUAAAAAGUUUUGUGGACUUGUAUAAUCCAUUUGUUUGUAAAACAUCCUUUUGUGCACUGUAAUGAACUUGAAAUGUAACUUAAGUUAUACUCUCAUAUCACUGGACAGAGUACUGUUCAGCUACCUCUACAUAAGGUUGAAGUAAUUUGUUUUUUCCAGAUUUGUUUGCAUUGUCAUAUAAAAUAUAUUUUAAAAAAAUCAUAGUCCAAAGAACCUGUAUGUGUUUGUAGAUGUACUUAUAACUAUGUUGUACCAAUGAAGUCUGUGUGGAGAGUUGUUUCCUAAUUAAAAUUUUUGUGUUCUUUA